GCCAUGGAGUUGGACAACAGCACUGGCCAGUACCUGGGCUCCGUGCCCACCACCUGCAUCUACCAUGAGAAUUUCAAGCAGCUCCUCCUGCCUCCUAUAUACUCAGUGGUGCUGGUUGCUGGCUUGCCACUCAAUGCCUGUGUCAUUAUCCAGAUCUGCAUGUCCCGCCGGGCACUGACCCGCACAGCCGUGUACACCCUGAACCUGGCCCUGGCUGACCUGCUCUAUGCUUGCUCCCUGCCUCUGCUCAUCUAUAACUACGCCCAGGGUGACUACUGGCCCUUCGGUGACUUCGCCUGCCGCCUGGUCCGAUUCCUCUUCUAUGCCAACCUGCACGGCAGCAUCCUCUUCCUCACUUGCAUCAGUUUUCAGCGUUACCUGGGUAUCUGCCACCCUCUGGCCAUCUGGCACAAACGAGGAGGUCGCCGAGCUGCCUGGCUAGUAUGUGGGGCUGUGUGGCUGGCCGUAACUGCCCAGUGCCUGCCCACAGCUGUCUUUGCCAUGACUGGCAUCCAGCGUAACCGCACUGUCUGCUAUGACCUGAGCCCGCCCUCCCUGGCCACCCGAUACAUGCCCUAUGGCAUGGCCCUCACAAUCAUCGGCUUCCUACUGCCCUUUACUGCCCUAUUGGCUUGCUACUACUCCUUGGCCCGCCACCUGUGCCGCCAAGAUGGCCCAGAAGGACCCGUGGCCCAGGAGCGGCGUGGUAAAGCAGCCCGUAUGGCGAUGGUGGUGGCCGCUAUCUUUGCCAUCAGUUUCCUGCCUUUCCACAUCACCAAGACUGCUUACCUGGCAGUGCGCUCAACGCCUGGGGUCCCCUGCUCCAUGCUGGAGACCUUUGCAGCCGCCUACAAGGGCACCAGGCCCUUUGCCAGCGUCAACAGCAUGCUGGAUCCCAUCCUCUUCUACUUCACUCAGAAAAAGUUCCGCCGGCGGCCACAAGAACUACUGCAGAAACUCACAGCCAAGUGGCAGGGCAGGAUCACUGAGCCUAUGGAGGCAGGACACAUAGGGCCUGGGCAACCUUCAAGUCCACAAUUGUGCCCAAUGCAGCAGAAGACUCACCAACCCCAAACCAUCAUGUCUACCAUUGUGUUCAAUGCAGCAGAAGCCUCACCAGCCCCAAAUCACUCAGAGAAAGAAUCAGUGGUCAGCUCAGCUGGACAUAAAGUGAGGUCUCCUACAGAUCCUAAAAUCUCACCAGUAACUAUUUCUUGA